CCAACUAGACAUCAUCGCAGUGACACAAAUUUUCGUACAUAUUUUUUCUAUACAUUUUUGUUGUGUGUGAAUUUGAAAUGGGAAAACUAGGGACUGGAGGGGAGCUGCCUGUGGCGCCCUGGCAUCGGGGUUUUUCGCUGGCCCAGAUCAAAGCGGCCUGCGAACUGCAGACUGAACUGAGCCACGACCUGGAGGAGGAGACGACGCAUCGGGUGUACGAUUGCUUGCGGCGCCUGGGCGUUUCUGGCCAGCUCGAUUGUUGCCUCCUGGACAAGAUAAUGCAGCUCAGUCAGGGCAACAAUUUGGCCUUUCUAUAUUUUCUGUAUACGCUGCUGUACGCAUCGCAGUGUCCGCACAGGAAGUACACACUCAAUGAACAGGUCAUAUUGUCGGCCAUUGCGUACCUGGAUAUGCCGGCCACGAUUGAGGCCUUGGACAAAAUACUUCCCAUGCCCGAGAAGCGUCUGAGUACGCGGCCCUCAAAGCCGUUUCCAAGCGCAAGAAGAGCCAAAGCAGACACCAAACAGGACUCCAAAGUGCUGCCCUACUUUCAGAAGCAACGCAGACCCCAGCAGAAGAGCAGGGACUUGCUAUCCGCACCGCUGCCCUACGCGGUGCGCUUGCCCAACGAGUGCAAGGACUCGCAGCAGCCGGAGAAUCGCUGGUUUGCCGACUUCGAGUUCCAUCCGGUGAAGCGUAUCGUCAAGUCUGUGAUCAGUCAGGAGAUUGUCAAGCUCUUCGAUGGAAUAGAUGAGUGCGGACGGAGUGCCGAAGCAGCGCCGCCUGCUAGCAUGUGUGAAUAUCAUCAGGAGAGUCGUACGCUGGAGCGUGCGGCGUAUCUGGAGAAGCAGCGUCAGCAGUGCCUGGCCAUGCUGGACUUGGAUGAAGAGCGAAAGCUGCUAACGAGGCAACGUAUUGCCAAGCAACUGCAGCUGGAUGUGCACAAAUAUAUGCAAAAGUUUGGCAACAAUCGCUGGAGUCCCGGCGUGCCAGCGUUUCGGCAAAUCGGAUGCACUGCCUGCCAGCUGCUGGGUCCCACACCGCUGCCCGUAAUGGUACUGGACGGCAAUCGUCAGUGGCAAACGCAGCUGAACGACAGCAUUGAGCCGCAGGAGCAAGUGCUGCGGCUCAGCGGCGGGCAAGAUGCGAAGCGACCCACACCGAGCAUUAACUAUUUCCAAGGGCCGAAGCUGCAUGCGCCCUACAUAUUCGAUUAUAUUGGACUGUUUGGCCGCUACAGCCAGAUGUCUCUGGCUGCCGGCGAAUGCAUUGAUGGCGCCGUGCUAAGAGCCCUCGAAGAGGAUAAUGUCAACGAAAAAGAGAGGCCCAUAAUGGUCACACGAUGGCACAUAAACGAUGCCGUCAAUCAGUGUGUCCGGCGAAUCUAUGAAAAGAGUCUGAUGGCUGUCAAAUACUGUGACGAGCCAAAGGAGCGUCUCAGCUAUGGGGAGCAGCAACACUUCGAUCCCGACGAUGAGGUUUUCAUGGACCGCAUGCUUGCGGAUGCCUUCCGGAUACUGCAAAAGAACAAGAAACUUGUGCUGGCUACUCUGUACAAUGGCCACCAGGUGCCAGAGCUGCGCGAAUGGAUUAGGCGGCGCUAUGGCAAACGGUAUACGGUGGCGACGCGAUCCGAGCUGCGUGACUCGGGGCACACAAUGCAGCAACUGUCGGAGAUGCAUCACGAGCUGUACACCAUUUUGAUGGGGCAACGCUCGGAGUCCAAGCAGCAGCGGCGCAGCAUUAGCCAUACGGAGUAUGACCUGUUCCUGGCACGGGCCCAGAAGUUUCGGCUUAGCUUCAAGGAGCACGUCAACGAGAUUGUCAUGGAACGGACGCGUCUCUGCUGGCGGGAAAUGCAUUAUCUGCGCACCAGAAACUACACCAAUCUGCAGCAGACCUUCUUCUCGUAUCUGCCGGGCUGUGCCUGUGAGACGGCGCCCAUAUUCGCAAAUGCCAAAAAGGUGAAUGGAAAAUGCCAUGGCAAAUCACUGGGCAAAUGAAUAUCGCCCACAUUAAUGUACAGUGCACAAUCGAUUAGGUGAACGUUAUUUCGCACCCAUCAAUGGCAUUGUGCAUUAAUUGGGCACAUAUUUAACAAAUAAUAACCCAAAAUGUAUGCGAAUAUUGCUGAAUUCAUAAACAAUCGAAUGGAAAUGUUGCGCUAACUUUGCAUUUGAUUGUUUAUGAAUUACGAGAAAUUCGGUUUUUUAACAAAAUUAACAGAAUUAUUUUACAUUUUUGACUUAACCAAAAUUGUAUAAUAUUAUUUAACUAUUGAACAAUUUUGGCUUUUCAUCAAAUAAAUGACAUUAAAAUUGCCAUUAAACUAUU